UUUCACUUUCCCCAUCUCCUAACACCACGGCGAAGAUGCACCGUCUCCGCCGCCGGCCGACCGGAGAGCACGGCACCUUCUCCGCCGCGCUUGCCCGCCGGUGGCUGCCGCGGAAGACCUGUUCCUUUCUCCGGCGGACGGCGGGCGGGCCUUCCGCGCCGUCGACCCGUCCAUAGCUCCGCCUCCGUGAUGGCUUGUCGUGUCGCCGGCGGCGGCGGCGGCGGCGGGGGUGGGGUUUCCUCCGCCGCUUCGUCUCGGUGGCGAGGCCGACGGCCCAUUGGGGCCCAAUGGGGAAGGCCCAUCCCCCGUGGCGGCUUCCCGGCCACGCCAACGCCUUCUUCUUCUGAUGAACUCUCCCUGGCAACUGGGGCCCGCACCGACUCGCCCAACGGAAUGGGGGGUUCGUUCGGAUGGUUGGAGUUUCUCUUAUCGACCUCGCACCCGUGCGAGGAUGAUGCGGCGGAGGAGCUUCCCGUCGAGCCGCCGGUGGCGGCGAUGGAUGCCGCCCAUGACGGCCGCGAUGAGGUGCGGGGAGAAGUCCCCUCCGAGCCGUCGGAAGUACUCGCUGGAGAGGAGGAGGCGGCGAUGGAUGCCGCCCAUGACGGCCGAGGCGAGGUCCGGGGAGAGGUCACCUUCGAGCGGGCGAUCGGUGCCUCCUCCCGUGCGGGUUACGAAGGCAUCAAGCUGGGGGAGGAGCCCUCCCUCAAACCGGCGAUGGUGGGCGCGCCCGAGAUUAAGAUGAUCGAGAUAGCAGAGGCCUCCUCUGUUGCCCAGUGGGACUUGUUGGCGGGGACGGAGGAUUGCAGCCCUGAGAUUAACCCGAAGAUUGUCGACCUCCAGCAGCAGCAGCAGGAGGCCUCUCUCCUUCCUGAUGAGGUCAUCUCUGAGGCAGACGCGUCAAUCUUGGCGCAGUAUUCAUCGGUGACAAAGAAAGACGAUGAUGCUGAGUUCUUGAUUUGUCGGCCAAACUUUGGUUUUGUUACACGACCACAGCAACACACUCCCAAGAAACGGCACCCCAAGAACAAGCGGGCUAUGGGGAUUAACUUGUUGGAUCGAGAGGGAAAUAUCUGCAGUGAUGAUAAGCUUCCAAGUCAGGGUUGCUUGGUUGGUGAAUACAAUAAUCUUUUGCUGCAGUUGUAUCAGCUGCUGUUCGAUUUAAAAGAGCUAAUGGAGCUUUGUGGCCAAGCUGAUAAGAUCCAGAGUGAGGUGUUCCUUAAAAAGGCAAUGAAAAAAGCUUGCAGAGAUUCUGAUGAUGCUGUUGCAGACAUAGUGUUUCAGGCCCUAAAGGUAGAUGGUUUCAUUCUGAGGCUAUUAAGGUAUCUGAAGAGCCAAUUCAAUUUUUGCCGGACCCAGGCAUGGAAGAUAAGGAAUGAGAUAUUGAGAAUUGGUGGCUCUGACGAGAUGCAGCAGGGCGUAAAGGUUGAUACGACUCGGGUCAUAGAGAACACUGCUAGCACCGUCGACAGCGAGACGCCCGUAGAGCAAAAGAGGAGAAAGAAGGUGGAAACGGAGUAUGUCCUCGGUGGGAAGGAUCUAGAGUUUAUCUUGUCAUACGAGGACGAUGAACUUGAGACAUUUGAUGAGGAUAUGCUCAAGGACCAGGCAAUGGUCCGGCAACAGAUUGAGAAUUUUGGCUAUGGUUUCCUCCAUAGCUGGAGGGAAGUUAUCUGCACUGAUAGUGAAGAAGAAGAUGACCCCGUGUCCGAUGAUGAUGAUGAUGAUGAACAAGAUGACUUCUUCACCAAUGAUGAUGAUGAUGACCAGCAAAAUGUCGACCAAAUGGAUAAGAACAUGUAUGCUGAGGCCUGA